CCUCAAUAUUUUGCUCUCAGUAUUUCAUCGGCACUCCAUUAUAUAUAUCUCUUUCUUCUGCUGCGGCAACGGAAGCUAUAGGUUUCAGAUGAACGAGUAGUUUUGAAAGCAAAUAUGAAUAAGGAUUUCAUGGCUGAAGAUGUUGACAAUGACAUGGAGGAAGAAGGAGGAGGAGAAGAAGAAGAAGAGGGUGCUGUUUAUCAUGGUGUUCAAGAUGAUGAAAAGAAGAAGAAAGCAUCUGGAAGGAGAGGGUCUAGCGGUGGUGUUGGUGGGGUGUUGCCACCUUCUUGUCAAGUGGAAAAAUGUGGGGUCGAUUUAUCGGUGGCCAAGAGAUACCACCGGCGCCAUAAGGUGUGUGAGAUUCAUGCUAAGGCGCCGGUUGUGGUUGUUGCUGGGAUCAGGCAACGAUUCUGUCAGCAAUGCAGCAGGUUCCAUGAGCUAUCAGAGUUUGAUGAAGCAAAAAGGAGCUGCCGUAGUCGUUUGGCCGGACACAACGAACGGCGUAGGAAGAGCUCAGCUGAAUCAUCCGCAGAAGGAUCAAGUCGCAAGGGAACAAGUCCACAGUUAAAAGAGGGUUAUUGCAGGCAGGUUGAUGAUCAAAGAGCCAGAGUUCCAAUAACAAUCCCUGGAAAUUCCUCUUUUAAACGUUCCCAUAUCAGAUAGGGAGCUUAAGCACCAACGCUCCCUCUCUUCUGUCAACCAAUGGCUCAAGCCUUGCACUAUGUAGUAGUUACUUACAAUACUAUACUGGAGGAUUUAAUAACAAUGGCUUGUACUGGACUCUAUGCUUUCUGUACUGAUAACCCUUUUAUCUAUGGAGUUCUCUAUUGUAUCAA